AGGGCAGAGCUGUCCCUCUGUGCUCUUCUCCAGCAGCGCUGCCAUCCCACUCUCAGGUGUCACCCAGCUACCCGCACACAUCAUGCAGUCUCAGCAACACAAUAGCCACUCCGCACAAGGGUACCUGGAGGGAUUUAAACAUUUUGCCACUCAGGCCAUACACGAGGGGCAGGAGCCCGAGCAGUGGACCUCCUUGGCAGUGGUGCCACCUAUUUCCCUCUCUACCACCUUCAAGCAGCAUGCACCAGGGCAGCAUGCGGGUUAUGAAUACAGUCGCAGUGGAAACCCUACAAGGAACUGUCUAGAAAAAGCUGUUGCUGCACUGGAUGGUGCAAAAUAUUGUUUAGCGUAUGCUUCUGGCUUGGCUGCAACAUUAAAUAUUGUUCAUCUUUUGAAAACUGGGGACCAGGUUAUCUGCACAAGUGAUGUAUAUGGAGGCACUAACAGGUAUUUUAGAAGAGUUGCCUCUGAAAUGGGUUUGAAAGUGAAUUUUGUUGAUUGUUCAGAUCUAAAAUGUUUGGAAGCCGCAAUCACGCCAGAUACCAAGCUUGUGUGGAUUGAAACCCCAACGAACCCCAAGUUAUCUGUUAUUGAUAUUCAGGGCUGUGCUGAUCUCGUUCACAAGGAUAAGGAUAUAAUUUUAGCUGUGGAUAACACUUUCAUGUCUGCAUAUUUUCAGCGUCCCUUGUCUCUUGGGGCAGACAUUUGCAUGUACUCUGCAACCAAAUACAUGAAUGGUCACAGUGACGUUGUCAUGGGUCUUGUAUCAGUAAACUGUGAUAAACUCUAUGAGAGGCUUAAAUUCCUUCAAAAUGCUAUUGGGGCUAUCCCAUCCCCUUUUGAUUGCUACCUGUGCAAUAGAGGUUUGAAGACUUUACAUCUUAGGAUGAAACAACAUUUUCAAAAUGGUUUGGCUGUAGCAAAGUUUCUGGAAAAAGAUCCACGAGUAGAUGCAGUCAUAUUCCCAGGAUUACCGUCACAUCCACAGUAUGAACUGACAAGGCGACAGUGCACUGGUGUUCCAGGCAUGAUUACAUUCUACGUUAAAGGAAACCUUGAACAUGCCACGAUUUUUCUUCAAAGCUUAAAGGUGUUUGCCCUGGCUGAAAGUCUUGGAGGAUAUGAAAGUUUGGCUGAGCAUCCAGCAAUCAUGACUCAUGCAUCAGUACCAGAGAAAGACAGAGCAGUGCUAAAUAUCAGUGACACCCUCAUCCGAUUAUCUGUAGGCCUAGAGGACAUUGAAGAUUUAAUUGCUGACUUGGAUCAAGCUUUAUCAGCAGCACACCCGAACAUAAUUAAUCGCAACUAAAUAUGGUUACAUAACAUCAAGGAAUUUUUCUCUCAAGCAAAUCUGUGUCUGAUAUCUCUUACAAUGAAUAGUUUAAUUAUUUUUUUUUAAGAACCUUGAAUUAUAUAUUUUUUAAUCAGCGGUGUAUACAUCCAGUUUCAGCUGUUCAAUAGCUGGAAGGUUUUUUAUCCCUACCUGAGCACAAGCGGAUCAUUAAAAAUGGUUGAAAUGAGGAUUUACAAACAAGCGGCAGUACUGUUUAAAUUGGAAGCCAUCUCAACUCCAAAUAACACAACAAUAUUAGAAGAAGACUCUCUUUAUCUUCAAGGAAAAGCAGUUUGGCCUUGAAGCCACCAUCUCCCUAUAUCAAUACAGCUUCAGAAUCUGAAAAAUAAAACCUUGUGGGCGGAGCUAAAUUGCAAUACGUGGAAUCCUAUGGGACCUUUAUCAUCCUUUGAAGACUUGCUGAAUAUUUGAAGUUUUAAAAAUAAUUCUGGAACAUUUUUAAAAAUUUCAAACAAUAUUUAUCUGUAUUUUCAAGCAUCAUUAACUGUUUUCAGACUGCUUUUUAAUUUUAUGUUGGAGUGGACUAGUCUUAAGAUCCUAUUCUAUAAUAAUAUGUUUACCACUACAGCAGAACGGUGGAAAAAUAAUACAACUUCAAAAUAACACAGAGAAAACUACUGAAAAUAAUAGCAGUUUGAGCAUCUUAAAAGGUUUUUGACAUGCGUCAAUAUUAUGGGUUUUUUUUGUUGGGAAUUGUCACGUACGUAAUUUCCAUAGUGUUUUACACACUUCAAGAGGGUACAAAAAUGCUUGUAUUUAAAAUAGCAUAAACAGAAUAAGGUCCAAACUGUGAUUCAAAAGUUAAAGGGACGUCAAGCACAAUGGUAAAUAAUGGAAAUAUAUAAUGCAUUUUUUUUCUAAACAUAAUUAUUUUUGCCCUCUUUUCUUGUAACUCUGAAAAUUCUGCUUUACAAAUUAUGAGAAUUGGAGUGCACACUGCAGGCUCCUCAAGCAUAACUGUGCUUCAUAUCUGUCCCUAUCUGGUUAUGGGAGAGUUGAUAGAAUACUGCAAACCAAUGCAAGUUUUGCUAAACAAAAUAACAGUGGCGAGCCUUGUCUAGUCCAGUAACUCCAAAUUAGCUUCUCCAAAUGAGGCAAGUGGCGGUAGGGAUAGAAUUACAACAAUGUGUUAAUGUACUGUAUUUAGAAUGUUUUCAUCCCCGGGUGAUAUUUUUAUUUAUUAUAAGGCUGCAGAAAAGUCUUGGAUUCAUACUUUAAGCUUGAGGGAUUGUACAGAUAUUAUUAUGGCACAAAAACGGAAUCCAACUAAUAGAAUUGAACUCAAAUUUGCUAAAGACUUGACUAUUAUGUUUUGGGAAUCUAGCAUUGUUGUUUUAAUGGUUAUCCACAGAAUAACAAGAGCUGUGUCUUAAAAUCCAAAAUCUCUUAUUUGUUAGAAUCUUACAGGUGGGACAUGGGCAAUCGCUACUGGAGAUGUCUGAGUGAUAAGGAAUGGUUGGUUAUUGAUUUCAUGAAGUUUUUACUUUUAAAAACAUGAACACACAUUCUGUUUUCAGUAUAUUUUAUACCGUACUCACAUAGUGGAUUUGUCACUGAGCUUAAAGGGACAUAAAGUAAUGUUUUGCAUCUAAAAGAGGGUAUUGUAAAAUAAAUUAAAACAGAAGUUGAUAAUUUUGUUUGUAAAAGAUUUUUGGUGUACAUAAAGCAUUAAAGAAAAUCCUAUUACUACGUGGUAUAAUAUCGAGGUUGUGGCAUUGUGCACACUGAAUAUACCCUAGAGCAGCUGUGUGUUACAGUUUGUAUUGUUCCUCUGUUCAGAAAAAGAAAAAUUAACAAAGAAAAAUAAAAUGAUACUAUGCCCUUCAAA